AGGAAGGAGGAGACAGAGGAGGAGACACAACAAGAGUCCUUUUAGGGAGCAGCCCAGUGCGAAUCCUGCGCAGAACCGUGGGUGAUUGUCUUUGCAGUCCUUGGGACCAUUCCUUCACCAAGAAGUCCAAUUUUCUCUUCCGCAAUCAUGCAGAUCGUACUUUCUGUUGCCGUGGUCCUUGUGGCACUGUCUGUUGUGGCAGGUACUGAUGAAAUCCCAGUUGCAAACGAACCCAGUUUGUCUCAGAAACUGGAGAAAUUCCAGCAGGAAGUCCAGACUUUUGUGGACCGCGUUGGCGAGGAAACCAAGGAGGCGUUCCGUGACAUUCAUCACAGCGAAUUCAGCAACAAGACCAGGAACUGGUUCUCGGAAAACUUCCGGAAGCUGAAGGAAAAAUUCAGGACCCUCUUUCCCAGAGAGGAAGCCAACUGAAUCCAUCCGUGGACUCCGAUUCCCAUCAUUCCCACACUGAAUGGAAGGAGAGGACCUCCACGAAGCAAUGAUGGAGCAGCACCCGACCCUCGGUGGCCUGCCUUUGCCUUUCUUUCGUCCUUCUUUGAUACGCUUCUAUUAUUAAUAAAGAGAUUAUGCCUUCCUGGUGAAAUAAAA